UUGAAAGCCAAGCAGCCAUCCCACAGUCUGGGCCUGUGGUGCUCUUGUAUGUGUGUUUCUAAAUCAAUGAUGAGGGUGUCGGAACCGAUACUGGACAUGGAUAUGGCCAAUUACAGCGAAGUUUUGGACCCAACUUAUACAACUUUGGAGUUUGAAACUAUGCAGAUUCUAUAUAAUUCAAAUGAUAGUUCUGCCCCAGAGACGACAAGUAUGAAUACCACAGACAACGGUGUCAACUGUCUAUGUGCUAUAUGUGGGGACAGAGCGACAGGAAAACACUAUGGGGCAUCAAGUUGUGACGGGUGCAAGGGCUUCUUCAGACGCAGCAUACGCAAGAGUCACGUUUAUUCCUGCAGGUUCAGUCGGCAAUGUGUUGUUGACAAAGACAAAAGGAAUCAAUGUAGAUAUUGUCGAUUGAGAAAGUGUUUCAGAGCAGGAAUGAAAAAAGAAGCUGUGCAGAAUGAACGCGAUCGAAUAAGUACCAGAAGAAGCACAUUUGACGGCAGCAACAUCCCCUCCAUUAACACACUGGCGCAGGCAGAAGUGCGGUCUCGCCAGAUCUCGGUCUCAAGCCCAGGAGCAAGCACUGACAUAAAUGUUAAGAAAAUUGCAAGUAUUGGUGAUGUCUGUGAAUCUAUGAAACAGCAGCUCUUAGUCUUGGUGGAAUGGGCUAAAUAUAUCCCUGCCUUCUGUGAGUUACCCCUGGAUGAUCAGGUGGCACUGUUGAGAGCUCACGCAGGGGAACAUUUACUGCUUGGAGCUACAAAGAGAUCCAUGAUGUAUAAAGAUAUUUUGCUUUUGGGAAACAACUACGUUAUUCACCGCAACAGCUGUGAAGUCGAGAUCAGCCGUGUGGCCAAUCGAGUUCUAGAUGAGUUGGUCCGACCAUUUCAAGAAAUUCAGAUUGAUGACAAUGAAUACGCUUGUUUGAAGGCAAUUGUAUUUUUUGAUCCAGAUGCAAAAGGGCUGAGUGAUCCAGUGAAGAUUAAGAACAUGCGGUUCCAAGUGCAGCUCAGUUUGGAGGACUACAUCAACGAUCGGCAGUAUGACUCUCGGGGGAGGUUUGGAGAGUUGCUUCUGCUCCUGCCCACACUGCAGAGCAUCACUUGGCAAAUGAUUGAGCAAAUCCAAUUCGUUAAACUUUUUGGGAUGGUUAAAAUUGACAAUCUGCUUCAGGAAAUGUUACUGGGUGGUGCUUCCAAUGACGCUAGCCAUCUCCAUCAUCCAAUGCAUCCACAUUUGUCUCAAGAUCCAUUAACUGGACAAACUAUACUUUUGGGUCCCAUGUCAACACUGGUUCAUACAGACCAGAUCUCAACUCCUGAAACCCCACUCCCUUCCCCACCACAAGGCUCUGGACAAGAAUCGUACAAAAUAGCAGCAAACCAAGCUUCAGUCAUUUCACACCAGCCUCUCUCCAAACAAAAGCAAUUGUGAGAAUAUGUUUACUUCUGAACGGCACUGCGCGAAUGUGCAACGUUGAUCUUGAAAUAUCUCAGGAUAGUACUUUUGGCAAACUCUCAGCCAAGGAGUCGUCAUGGUGCUGUUUUAAGAUGGUAUCCUGUUUUCUUGUUUAUAUGCUCAUUUUGUUUGUUGUUGCUGUUGUUUAAAACCUUUAGAUGCAACCAAUGUAUAUCUGAAUUCUGAUAUGUUUAUAGAGUAUAUUUUUUCCAACUUCCCUUGCACUGUACCUGAACCAGUUGAAUCCUAUGUACUACUUCAUUUGCUGUCUUAAUUUAAAUCUGUAAAUAAUUGCUUUAUUGUGAUGUGAUGCAGAACUUUUUGACUUUUUUGACUGAGAACUGAUCAGAAAUCCCAGAUUAAUAUAAAAUGAACCAAGUUUUUUAUAAAUUUUUAACUUGCAAAUUAGAAAAAUAAAGCAAUUGCUGUAGAACAGGGUGUGUUUCUUGAAGUACAAUCACUCAUGUAUGUCUUUUUCCAAAAAGCAUCUCUUUGGCCCAUAGUUGAAUAUGCCUAUCUUAAGUUUAGAAAAUUAUCAAUAGCCAUUCCAAGGAUGACUGGAUAUUCCCUGAAAUCUGCCUGUAUUUGAAGCUGUAUGUUAAGAUAAAAUAUGUUAGUUUUAUCAGAUAGGAUACAGGCUAAACUAUAAAAAAGAAACCUUUAAAACAGUGGGUCAACCAAGACAGACAUUUAUUUCUCUCUCCUGGAACAAUCUAGAAGUAGUCAUCCUUUCACUAGAACUUAGCACAUGCCCACAUCUAGUUCCCAGGGAGGCUGGAAGACUGAUCUUUAGGUGGAAAGCCUUGUGCCAACUAAAACUGUAGUUUAGUUGGGAGACUGAUAUUGGGAGAUGAAUUAGCCAUCUAUUACACACAUGUUGCCCUCGU